GCCAUGUCAAUACCCAGUAACAUUUGCUCACCAUGUUUUUUCAGCAAGCAACAAGUCUUCCAAGUGACCAAAAACCCACUUCUAAUCAAGGAAGCAGCAUGGAUAUGCAGUUUAUUUACGACCUUUUAGGGGAAAAUGCUUGGUUGUACAUCAUUUCUACCUUUGUGGUGAUGUGGAUUAUCGUGUGGCUGUACAGAGACAGCCUGGAGAUAGGGGACAUCCCUGACAAGUAUGUCUUUGUGACCGGCUGUGACUCAGGUUUUGGAAACCUGCUGUGUAGGAAGCUCGAUCGUAAAGGUUUCCAUGUGCUGGCUGGCUGUCUCACAGAAAAGGGAGCUGAUGACCUGAAAAGGGUGGCUGGGCCUCAUUUGAAGACUGUCCUGCUCGAUGUGACCAAUCUGGACAGCAUCCAGAAAGCCAUGGAGUGGACAAAGAAGGAAGUUGGCGAUAAGGGACUUUGGGGAAUUGUGAACAACGCUGGACGCUCAUUACCCAUGGGUCCUUCAGAGUGGAUGAAAGUGGAGGAUUUCCACAGCACACUGAAAGUCAACAUGAAUGGGGUGAUUGCCAUGACGAUGACUUUCCUGCCCCUCAUCAAAAUGGCUCGCGGCCGUAUUGUGAACGUAGCAUCAGUGCUGGGCAGGGUGGCAGCAAACGGUGGUGGAUACUGCAUCUCCAAGUUUGCAGUGGAGUCCUUCUCUGACUGCCUCAGGAGAGAUAUAAACUACUUUGGCAUCAAUGUGUGCAUCAUUGAGCCGGGGUUUUUCAAGACUGCAGUGACGAGCCUCGAGCCCCUCGAGAGGGAGCUGCAUCGCCUGUGGAACCAACUCAGCCCUGAAGUAAAAGCCAGCUAUGGAGACAAGUAUCUUGAUAAGUACAUCAAGAUCCAGCGUUUGAUCAUGAAUGCAGUCUGUGACACUGACCUCUCCAAGGUGACCAACUGCAUGGAGCACGCUCUGACUGCUGCCCACCCGCGAACCAGAUACAGCGCCGGCUGGGAUGCAAAGCUUCUCUGGAUCCCCCUCUCUUACAUGCCUUCCUGUGUAGUUGACAUUGGGCUGAAGCUGGUGCUGCCUCGCCCCUCAAAGAGUGUGUAACUCAUGGUGACGCUGAAGACAUGUCUUCAAAGUUAUUAGCCUUUUUAUGUCAUUCCGUGACAUUUUUAAGCAGCAAGGAGGUUGAAAUGAAUGCUUUGCCUUUCAAAAUACCCAUAUUCCUUAUCUACGUUGUCCAUGCAAUGAUCUGAUGUUGCAAUUCUUAAAAUAUGUAUAUGCGCACAAUCUCCCAUGUAAAAGUAUUUUUUUCUUAUCUAAUGUCUUCUUGAGAUAUUUAGACAAUAUGAAAGAAAACAAUGAAACUGUACUGUGUAAUUUACUGUUUAAUUAUUGUAUCUUUUGACACUGUUAUUUAUGGUCCUUGAUUGAAGUUCCUCAGAAUGCAAUGAUCUUAUUGUGGACACAAAUAAAAUAAAUGGCUAAAAGCUUUACUACGAAAA